GAGCUGAGUUACAACACUGGAGACGGAAGCAGUGACAUCGUGUCCGUGUUUUCAUUAUUCCCCUACAGAUAGAUACAGAUAGUUACGCCCUUUACAACAUCCGCUGAUGUUCUCUCUUCGAACGUGUUCGCUGUCUUAACUUCUUUUGCUACUAGAAAAAAAUCUUUAACUAUUAUCGAAACCAGAGUCAUGCUGAGGUGUAAGUUACUUUUUGCACAAAUGUAGGUGAAAUGCUGUAAUAUCUUUUACAGUCGGACUUUAAAUCCUCCUUUCACUUUCAUUUUGUCAUCUCAAAGUCAUCUUUUAAAGGUACGAAAACUAGUUUGUUUCGACUGGUAAUUUGUACAUCCUCUUGGAAAGAAGUAUUAUUUUAUAUCUGAUUAUCUGCAAACUGUAACAUGUGUUGUAGGCACGGAGCUGAAGGUGGUACUGAUUGCAGCUUCCGAUUCAGGAAGCUAUAAGUGGCUAACAUGAUCGGAACAUGUUGGGGUUGUAAACAAAUACAAUUUUAUGCGUUUUGGCAUUUCAUCCACAUAAAACUCUGAUUAAUACUAAAUCACUAAGAACUACUAUUUAUAAAAACUCAGACCGAAGUGGAGAUUUGAGAAAACUAUGUGUUUCUGUGUGUAUAUGGGAAAACGGAGAUCUAAGGUCUUUUGCGUUAAGGUCUGCAACAAACAAAUGCUCCAAUAUAUCCACAUACCUUCUUUGAUAUGAUAACCAACUGACAUCCUUUUGUGAUUCAAUACCUUUAUAGACUGAAACUCUUUUUAAAAAUAGUAGUAUAUAUCUGGAUGAUGCGCGACAUGCAGAUAAUGGUCAGGACGUGGAUUUCUCUGGUUCAAAACAGAGCAAAAUGAAUCACAGUAAGUACAUCAAUGCGCUAAUGGUCUGGCCCAGACAAGGUAUCUCGAAAAAAAUAUGCAUAUAUUUAGGAUAUGAUCCACAUUGUCUUGGUAAAAAAAGACUCGUCAUAUAAUCUUGAGGAUUUAUCCAGCGUCGAGGCAAUCCACAUAACUAUCUGGUGCUGCAGACCUCAUAUUAUACGACAAAUUCGGCUAUAAUAGUCCUGUUCUGGACCGUGGAUUUAAUAGGACGCUCUGAAAGGGACUGUUUUUACUAAAGAAAGUUUAUACAUAAACAUUUACUAGAAUGAAUUAUAAUAAUAUCCACCAUUUCCUUGUUGGCUUUUCAGCUCUAAAAUGCCAUACGCUGGUGAAGAUGAUGACAGAUUCAGCUCCAUCAGUGUUAAUGUCCCUUACAAUGAGGAACGUCUGGAUGGCCAGGAGAAAUAUAACGCAAAACCUUUCUUCUAGUGAUGGAAUUGGACACAGCAGCUGCAGCUGCAACUCUGAUGACAGCAAAGACAUGCCUCCUGAUUUCAAGAUAGAGUCUCCUCUGGAUGGCCAAGGCUAUAAUUUAGAUGCAGGAAGUCAAAACUCCCUCCAAAACCAAAACCCAAGCAAAGAGAAAGAAAUUGAACAAUUUCUCUUGCAGUACCAGGUUGAUCCAUCUAGUGGGAGGAAUCACAUCAACCUGGGCAAUAAAAACAUGGACAGUGACAUCCCUGCGCCACUGAUCAGGAACAAUCAGGCUGGUUCUAGAACUGAGAUGAAAGGCCUGAACGCUCCUCGAGACGACGACAGCUGCAGCUCCAACAGCAACGUUUUCUCUCAGCCUGAGGUCAAGAACAAUGGCCCUCUGGAGAACUCCAGCAGUGCUUCUACCUGUAAACCCACCGUAGACCAGAGUAAUAAAAACCAGGACACUGGAACACAGGCACAUCUUAUCAGGAACAAGCUGGCCGGUUCUACAACUGAGAUGAAAUAUCUGAACGAUCCUCAAGACGACGACAGCUGCAGCUCCAACAGCAACGACUUUGCGUACUCUGACUUUUCCGAGAAGAAUUCUCUCAAUGGGCAAUACCCUGAUGCAGAUCCAGAGAGUUUAAACUUCCUCUCUGAUCAUAAGCCAAGCAAGAAGAAGUUUGAAACUGAAUAUCACCAGGGCAGUGCCUCCUUUGGCAUGUCCGUCUUGAACCUAUGUAAUGCCAUCAUGGGCAGCGGCAUCCUGGGUCUGUCCUUCGCUAUGGCCAACACCGGCAUCGCCCUGUUUGUGAUUCUCCUGGUUUCCGUUGCCAUUUUCUCCUUGUAUUCUGUCCACUUGUUGCUAAAGACAGCAAAUGAAGCAGGUGCUCUUGUUUACGAGUCACUGGGUUACAAGGCCUUUGGGAUCCCAGGCAAACUGGCUGCUUCCUGCUCCAUCAGCAUGCUGAACAUUGGAGCCAUGUCAACCUACCUCUACAUUAUUAAAUACGAACUCUCCAUUGUUAUUCAGUCCUUUACUGGAGCAAGUGAUGGUGAAUGGUACAUCAAUGGAGAUUACCUUGUGAUUCUGGUCUCAAUUAUUGUUAUCCUGCCUCUCUCACUGCUCAGGAACUUGGGUUACCUUGGUUACACCAGUGGUCUGUCUCUACUCUGCAUGGUGUUUUUUCUGAUUGUGGUGGUCAUAAAGAAAUUCCAGAUUCCAUGCCCUCUUCAAUAUUUUCCUGACUCUGGAAAUGAAACCAUGCAUAUGUUCAACAGCGACAACGUCACUACCGAUGAUGACACUUGCAAGCCUAAAUACUUUAUCUACAACUCACAGACUGUCUAUGCUAUACCCAUCCUCACUUUUGCCUUCGUGUGCCACCCUACUAUCCUACCCAUAUAUGAUGAGCUCAAAGACCGGUCACGCCGAAAGAUGCAGAAUGUGGCCAACGUGUCCUUCCUGGCCAUGUUCAUCAUGUACCUGCUGGCUGCCCUCUUCGGAUACCUCACCUUCAACAUCCACGUGGGACCUGAGCUGCUCCACACCUACUCAAAGUUCUACAAGCACGAUAUUCUCCUGCUGGUUGUUCGUCUGGCUGUGCUGGCCGCUGUCACACUCACGGUUCCUGUGGUGCUCUUCCCUAUUCAUACCUCAGUCGGCCACCUGCUGUUCCCAAAAAAGUACUUCAGCUGGAUCCGUCACGUUAUUAUCACAGUGAGCCUGCUAGCAGGAACCAACAUUCUGGUCAUCUUUGUCCCCAGCAUCAAAGAUAUUUUUGGCUUCAUUGGUGCCUCUGCUGCUGUAAUGCUGAUCUUCAUCCUGCCCUCAGCUUUCUAUCUCAGACUGGUUAAGAAGGAGUCAAUGAAAUCCAUGCAGAAGAUUGGGGCUCUGAUGUUCCUGAUAUUAGGAUUUGCUGUCAUGUUUGUCUGCAUGACUCUUAUCAUCUACGACUGGAUCGUGAACUCUAUGAAAGACCAAGGUCACUGAAGCUCCAGCUCUUCUGCUGGUGGAGGGGGAAGCUUUCAGAGUCGGACUGCAACAAACACACAACCAACAAAAACAGUGUGACGAACAAAGCAAACCACAAGGACUCACUUGAUGCUCGGCUCUGGCUUUCUGAGCAAUGGACCGUACCAUUCCAAGAGAAUGUAUCUGAACUCUGUACAUUUUGCUGUUCUAGAUCACAAAGAUGGCGUUUCCCACUUUUUAUCAUAACUUUUUAAAUAGUUUUUUGCUUUUUACUUUUUUUCUGUUUCAUUAUCGUGGUACAGCUGUAAACAAAAAGGCCUCACAACACAGACUGAAAAUUUGUAGUUUCAAACACAGCUUCCUCUCAGGUACAGUGUUAUUCGUGGGAGAGUGUAGCUGUGAACUCUGACCUCAGCGAGAACAUCCUGCUUAACGAAGUACGUGAAUCUCCCAAAAACUCAAACGAGACCACGGGACUUGAAACUUCACGGACAAUUUAGUUUGCUUCGACUUUUGCCUUCUAUUUUUGUUCAACUUUACCAAAACCGUGUCUGUAAAGCAUCUUUGUAUGUUGAAAAGCACUUAUAGUUGAGGACGUUUGUCAGUUUUCACCAAAACGGCACCUUGUUCAGUAUUUCUAAGGUAUUUUAUUUUAUUUUUAUUUAAGCUAACAAAAUUGCCUUCCGAGGUUUAACACUAGAUGGCACUGUUGCCAUAGCUGGAAAGUGAUGCUCCAUGUUUGCUGAUAUAAUUAGCAUUUAAUCAAAAGUCAUUUAAUAUCUGCCAUUUCUUGACAAAAGCUGAGAUACAUUGUCACAGUUGUGAACCCAAAUUAAGGCAAAGACAAAAUUAAUGCAAAUAUAAAUACAACAUAUCAAGGAUAUAUUCUCUAUUUCUGCCUUGAGCUAAAAGAAAUGCACAUUGAGUUGCCAUGUGUAACAAAUAAAAAAAACAUUGUGAUAUAAA